ACCUGGCAACCCUGCCCUCACCUAAAACACCUGUCUCCCACCUGUGUUAGCCCCGCUGCUGCAGGCUCAGGGUGGAUGAUCCGCCUCAUAUUGAAUCAUACUAAACACCAGUAACAGUUGCAGUGGCCUACUGACCGGCUGACAUGUCGAGGAACGGGUUAGUGCCCAGUAUCCAGAGGUUGAUGGCCGUCGAGGAGCGGCUGAGGAGGAGCACCCGCACCCCGAGUCCCUUUGAACAGCUAAGUCAGCAGAUGGACGACAUCUUGGGAGAUGGAGGGAUCCUGAAAGGCGUGGUCCAGCCUGGAGAGGGCCCGCCUAUAUCCCACAAUGCUUCAGUAUUGAUGCAUUAUUCUGGUUUCCUGGAAUAUUCCGACCGACCUUUUGAAACCAGCACACACUUAAAACAUCCGCCGAUGAUGAAAUUAGGGAAAGAUGUGACGCUGGCCGGACUGGAGAUGGGUCUGCUCACCAUGAAGAAGGGAGAGUUCUCUCGUUUCCUCUUCCAACCCAAGUAUGCGUACGGGGACAUGGGUUGUCCCCCGACCAUUCCUGCUGCCGCCAUGAUUCUGUACGAGGUUCAGAUCCUUGACUUCCUCGACUCGGGUCAAGUGGACGAGUUUGUCGCACUGAGUCGGGAGGAGCAGAACGCCGUUCCUCUUCCCAGACUUCUGGAGGUUGUAAACACAGUACAAAUCUUUGGCAACCGCUGCUUCAACCAGAGGCGUUACCAUAUCGCCAAAGAUCGCUAUAAAGAGGCCAUGGCGCUGCUGGUAAGCAGAGAAUCACACACUGAUGCAGAAAAGGAGAAGAUCAACGCAGCCCUGCUUCCUCUCUAUCUGAACCUCUCUGUCACCCAGCUGCAUCUGGAGAACCCACACAAGGCGCUGAAGUACGGCAACAAAGCCUUGGAGAUCGACUCAGCCAACACCAAGGCUCUGUACCGCUGUGGAAAGGCGUACCUGGAGCUGGGUGAGUACGAGAGCGCCCAGGGUUGCCUCAUAAGUGCUCAGGCAAAGAAGCCCUUUGACGGUGACAUCAACAACCUCCUGAGGGAAGUGACAAUAUGCUUUAAAGACACCUUGGACAAGCAGAAAGACAUGUACACCAAGAUGUGCAGGGACUUCAGGGGAGAGUGCAAGUGAAGAUGUAAAAGAUGACAAAGGGCUUGAAGGUUCAGUCGCACAUCUUUCUCACUGGUUUAAAUAAUUCUGUUCCAACGUUUCUGUUUUUCCAUAUGUUAUGGAACUAGUAAUAUUGUAUAUAUAUUUAUUUGCAAUUUCGUUGAAAGGAAUUUAUUAUUUAUAAUUCAGUAAAGUGUUUGGCCUCUACAGUGUUUAUUUCUGUUAGGUUGUUUUGGCAGAAUUAGCCUAAAUCUUAUGGCAAGUAGAACGCUUCCAUGAACAACCUUGAGUGGCUGUAUUUUCUAUGAAGCUGCCACACAUGUAUUUCUCAAUACUGUUUGUACAAGAGUGUCAAAUAUAUCCCUGGGUUCUGCUCACUUUUGAGUUGCUUAAGAUGACAAAUAAAAACAAUUCACUUCUGAUA